ACCUUACGGCCUUUCGUUCAGUAUGCUCUUCAAGCUCAGCGCCCUCAUCGCCCUCGUCCCCCUGGCAUCUGCUUUGGUAUUGGAGACUCCGAACGGAUGGCAGAGCAACGGUGUCGUGAACAUUAGCUGGGUUACGGCUUCCGGAGACCCGAGCUCCGUCUCAUUCGAGUUGACGAACCCGGACAUUUUCCACAACUCGUACGCCAUUGCGACCAACAUCCAGUCUUCUCUGGGAUUCCUUAGCUUGACCCUUCCAACCGUUGACGUUGGGUCCGGCUACUACUUGGAGGCCGUCAAUGUGUCAAACAUUAACGAUGUCUUCGCUGAGACUGGCGAGUUCUCCGUCGCGGCUCCGCCCUCGACCACUGCUUCGUCAUCCACGUCGGCUGCUAGUUCAAGUGGCGCUAGCUCGGCGUCGUUGACCUCAUCGGGUUCGGCCGCUUCGACUGCCUCGGGAGCAUCUUCCAGCGGCGCUUCUGGCGCCUCUUCCACUGCUGCUAACGCCGCCUCCUCUGGAGCCUCCUCAGGAACCUCCUCCGCCCCAUCCUCGACUGUCAGCACCUUCAACGGUGCCGGUCAUCUCGAGUUCAGCUACGGUUCCAUGGCUGUGAUGGCUAUCGGCGCUGUUGCUGGUGCGGUCGCCGCACUCUAGGCGCAAUAGGGCAUAUGACGAUGUAGGACAGACACUUCACGACCACUUUCUGUUGGACCUGAGAAGAUUUCAUUUGGUAUUGAGUAUACCCUUGUAAUCGCGCAGCACGGACAGUACGGACUUCUUGCAAUCUAUCCGGGACUAGCACAUACAGUAUCUCCUUACAACCUCGCGCUUGUCUCCUUGCCAAUUCUUGUAAUCCAGACCGUGCCACUCCUUUAAUAUGUUUUGGCGUUACUGUCGCC